CCCCAAUAUAUAUAUAUAAACCCCUCUCACUCUCUGCUCAUUCUCAAGUAACCCAAAAAUUCUCAGAAUUUCAAACCCCCAAAUUGCUCCGAUUAUUAAGCCCUAAUUCCCAAUUCCAAACCCUAAUUCCCAAUUCCAAGCGUUCCUUCUCCACCUCUCUCUCCAAUUGGCCACAAAUUGAUGGUGAAUUUCACAGUUUCAGUCCACUAGUGACUUUUGAUUCUGUGUAGCGUUUAGGGUUUUGCGGCGGCAGCUAUGGCGGCGUUGCAGAGCGUGGUGCAGUCGUGCUUGAGCACCACCACCGCGAGUAGCUUCGGCUCGUGUAAAGGUGGAGGCGGGGCUUCGUCUGCUUCUGCUAAUGUAAUGGCGGUUCACGAUCAGUUUCCGGCGGGGUUGAGGGUUCUGGUGGUCGACGACGACACGACGUGCCUGGCGAUUCUGGAGCAGAUGCUUCGCCGGUGUCUCUACCAGGUAACACUUUGCUCCCAGGCUACUGAUGCUUUGAAUCAUCUACGGGAGAAAAAAGGCUAUUUUGAUGUGGUAUUGAGUGAUGUUCAUAUGCCUGAUAUGGAUGGAUUUAAACUCCUGGAAUGUAUAGGGCUGGAAAUGGAUCUUCCUGUCAUCAUGAUGUCUGCUGAUGGGAGAACAAGUGCUGUUAUGAAAGGAAUCAGACAUGGUGCUUGCGAUUAUUUAAUUAAGCCUGUACGUGAGGAAGAGCUCAAGAAUAUCUGGCAGCAUGUUGCUAGGAAAAAAUUAAACGAAAAUAAAGAAAUUGAACAUUCAGGGAGCUUGGAAGAUAAUGAUAGGCAUAAACGGGGAAUUAAUGAUGUUGAAUAUACUUCUUCUGUUAUUGAAGGAACAGAAGGAACAGCGAGAACGAGAAGUCAGAAGAAAAGGAGCAGUGGUAAAGAAGAUGAAGAUGGUGAUAUGGAAAAUGAUGAUAUGUCUACAUCAAAGAAACCCCGUGUAGUGUGGUCAGUUGAACUCCAUCAGCAAUUUGUCAGUGCUGUUAAUCAACUUGGGCUUGAUAAGGCUGUACCAAAGAGAAUCCUUGAAUUGAUGAAUGUACCUGGUUUAAGUAGAGAAAACGUUGCAAGCCAUCUGCAGAAAUUCAGGUUAUAUUUGAAGAGAUUAAGCGUAGAGCAACAACAAAGUGCAAAUGCUUUCUGUGGGCCUGUAGAAUCAAAUGUGAAAUUGGUUUCGCAUGGGAAUAGAUUUGACAUCCAAGCUUUGGCUGCCUCUGGACAAAUUCCUCCACAAACACUUGCAGCCCUGCAAGCUGAGCUUCUAGGUCAACCUGUAGGAAACCCUGGGUCAACAAUAGAUCAACCUGCUAUUUUACAUGCAUCCUUGCAGAGACCAAAGCGUGCCCCUGUAGAUCAUGGUGUGGCAUUUGGGCAGCCUUUGAUAAAACGCCAAUCUAACGUUUCUGUACACUUUCCACAAUGUAUCAUAUCUGCUGAGGAUGCAUCUGCAGGUGGACCAUGGCGGUCUAAUAGUCUUGGUACCGUGGCACCAAACAGCAAUCUUGGAGGGUUUAGCACUCAGAAUAGCAACGUGUUCAUGGAUACGUUGCAGCAGGAGCGAAGACCACAGCCAAAAAGACAUCAGCAGUCUUUGCUAACUGAACCUGUUCGUACUAUUAAUGUACAGCCAUCUUGCCUUGUGGUUCCCUUGCAGUCAUCAGCUAGUUUCCAGGCUGGAAAUAGUCCUGCUUCUGUCAAUCAGAGUUGUAGGUUUAACAGGUCCGCUGCUAUUGAUUACAGUCUCCUUUCAACUCAAUCUAAUAAUAAUUCCUCAUUGAAUAUCGGACGGAUAUCAAAUGGACAUCAUAAAACUCCUGGCAUUCUUAGUGGGUACUCAGCCACUGGUUCCUUAUCUACUCCAUCUUCUUCUGUAAUUGCUGAAAGUAGCAUCAGUCCCCAAAACUCAGCUGUGACAUAUAGUGUUGCUCGACAAUUGACUGGGCAGUUGCAUAAUACGUCAAACAUCCAGGAUUUAUAUGUUCCUAAAUCAGGGGAAAUGCUUGAUCAGGGCGCUUAUAGGAAUCUCGGAUUUGUUGGUAAGGAGACUCGGAUUCCAAGUCGAUUUGAUGAGUUUGAAUCGCAAAGCAACUUGAACCAUGGAAACAUCCAUGCCGAGAACAUUGGUAAUCCAGUCAAGCAGGAGCCAAAUAUGGGUUUUGUGGAUAAUGCAAAAGGCUCCCCAAUUUUUCAACAGUUCUCUUCAAGUGAUCUCAUGAGUGUUUUCAAUGAAUAGGUUUUCGUUAGGUGGCCACCACAAGUCUCUUGAUUUCUGUGGAGCGUACAGAUUAUUUCACAUUCUCAAAUGUUCAGUACAGAUUGCAGUUGAAGUCUCUUGUAUUAUUAUUAUGAUAGAUCUAGUUUUAGUGCCUGCACCAGACUCAACAGGUGCAGAGCGGCCUCUCUCCUACCCAGUACUCAAGAGCAGAGGAUUAAUCUCAUUGUUGGCGCAGGUUCAGUUUUAUUUAGUGUUAGUAUUGUUGGUCAAUAAAUUACGUCAGACUCCAACAGCUUGAAACAAUAUUAUGAUGGCAUAUUGCCAACACAAUUGUGUAGUAGUUAUUUGGAUUUAGA